UUAUGAAUAACGAAUUGACGUGUUACAGAGAUGUCACUAUUUGUCAAGAUGUUUGUUCGCCUCUUGCAGCUGUUCUCUAAUUGUAAAGAAGACUUUGCACACUUAAUAACAAACAUAAACCUUUACUAUCAAAUUCGUGAUGAUUACUUUAAUCUAUAUCACAAAGAGUUCACAACGGAUACAAAUUUUGCCGACGACAUAUCAUCAGGGACUUUUACUUUCCCUGUCAUACAUGCUAUACGAAGUCAUCCAGAAGAUCAACAGAUAAUACACAUUUUGAGACGACGGACGAAGGAUUUCUACAUGAAGCGAUACUGCAUUGAACUACUAGAACAGUUUGGAUCCUUCGAUUACACAAGAGCUACCCUUGAAGAAAUGGAUAAACAAAUAAGAGAAGAGAUUCAACGUUUAGGAGGCAAUCCUCUGUUAGUGAAAUGUAUGGAUGAUCUACUGGAUUGGAAGCAGUGAAACGCUCCGUUCCAAGGUAGGAAAAUUACAUGUUGACGUAUUGACUGUCACAGUAGUAAGCUGUUGAUGGUAUUGUAAUUAAGUUUGGCGAAUUGCGUGUUGCUGUGAAUUUGUACCUUUUAUAACAGUAAACCUUUUUUUUUAUAAAAAUUUAUUAUAAGUACAUAAAUCGUUUUAUAAUAAUUUAUUUUCACCACGAUUUAAUUUAGUUUUAUUCUGAUUGUUCAAGCCAUCUCGGCGUAAUCGGGGAGCA